CGGGGUGGAGAGGAGAGAGCGAGGAAUACUCCCUUUAAAUAGCUUUAUUCGAUCCUUGGUAAUUAAACUCACGCUACAUAUUUCAACUCCACGCAACGGGCCACAGCGAAAAUUUACUUCUCUAUUGAUCAUGUUGCGAUUUGCUUCCGUUUUGUUAUUUGCCCUAGUUGCACGAAGGACAUUUCUGGCACCAAUUCCGGAUGGUUCCAUCACAAAUCUUGACCCUGACAUGGUCGACAUGGAGAUGAUCGAAGGAGAGAUGCCAGAAGAAGAGAGGAGGAUGAUAUUGGAGCAGAUCACUGGGCUUACAGACGAUGAUUUAGACGUCAAUUUUGAUGAAGCUAUUGAGGACCAAACUUUGGUGGCAAAAGAAGGAGAGGUCGAAUAUAAUACGGGUGACAAAGUGCUACAUUCAAGUCGAAAGAACGGCAGAACACGAUUAAAGAUCAAGUUGGAUCCGUCUCUAACUAACGAUACUAAAGUUGGCUUAAAUACUAACAUGAAUGGCAAAAAGGCUGAACUGUCGUUAUCUCAUGGCUUACAGAAGACGAUAGCAAGGUUCCACGUCAAUAAUUUCGGUACCCUACCCAACGGCCGUCCGAUAGGAAUACAUCGUUUAACUCACACUUCCGUGAGACAUAAACAUGUGCCUUUAAAGGAAGGCGAGAAAGCAGUGAGAAUCAGAUACUACAAGGGGCGAGCCUAUCACAGGGGUGACGGUUCCACGUUGCGGAAGCACGUUCUUCACAUCAGAACUCGACCUAGUCUCCUCGAUAAACAGCAUACACGAAUCAAUGUCACGAUAGGGGACUUCAAGGAGGGCAAACAAUACAUGAGCGUUGGAGGAAUAGAGUUCCUGAUGAGAGACGACUCUGCCCGUUACGAGCGAUGUAAGAAGAUGCCACACAGAUGUAAGAUAAACUACACUACCACCAGAAAAAGAAUUAAGAUCGCCGGCAAGGACAUGUCCCAAAACAUAAAAGAUAUGUAUCCUUCUCUUUUGAGCGACAAAUACAACAACCCCUUCCAGCGACCAGGCGAGAGGUUCAUCCCUAAAGACGCUCCGUGAGUGCUGGAGACAGCGAGUGUCAACUCGGCCAAACCAGCGAGCACUGGUGAGCGAGAUUGGGGUAAUGCGAUCCAAUGAGAGACUACAGUCCGACUGUGGCCACAGUCAUGAAGCGAGAAAAAGACAGUUUGAAACGCUGCGAUUGAGGGAUAAUUUCAGUGAUUGUUGUUUGUAAACCGUUGGUGUUAUUUUUGUUGUAAUAUCUUAUGGUUGAGGUAAUUGAACUCAGACUUUAUUUGAGAUCGUAUGUAUGAAUGGGAUUGUUAUGUAUAACUAUAAGUUUGACAAAUUGACGACAGAUUAUCUUCAAGUUUCUAACUAACAAAUCCACAAUAAACAGAAACAUCUUUCGUGGAACAUAUAAUUUUAGUCUGCUCUGCAAUUAUUAAAUAUUCAGUUAUUCAACCUGAAUUCUAUAUCUACAUUGUGAUGUAGUAUGUUCAUAUUUAUUCAUCAUUCCCCUA